AUAUGAUGUUCAAAUAAUUGGGUGUGUACAAUUAGACUUGGAAAUAGAUUUAAUUUAAAAAAAGUGCAAUAAAGUAAUAGAAUUGUUACAUAGUGGUGACCUAUGUGUUGGUGUGUAUUAGUGUGUUAUGGACUUUUAUUUUAAUUUUAGUUAUGUAUUGUGCACUAUAUGCAAUUUUCAAACAUAAACGUCUCUUUACUUCUUCAUAUUGUAACAAAUUUAAAUUCUUAUCACUGCCUUAAACUGCAUUAACAUGUUAAAAAAAACUUGGUCAACUAAAAAAAGCAAAGAGGUAUUUUGUUUAAAUGUUUUUUUAUCAAAUUAUUGCGUAAAAUUUGUUUUAAAUGUAAUUUUUACCAAAUUAUGGUGUAAACUAAAUUUUUUUUCCACCACAUUCUCACUAUGCAGGUUCCUGUUUAAGUUUAAGAUGACUUUGUUAAGCAAGCCACUUAAUGGCUGUGCAAGAAAACAGUGGACAGAUAGCGUCCCAUAUACUUGCUAUGAAAUAGGCCACACAUGGGAACCAAGAUGUACCAUAGCAUCUCUAGACACAAUAAGAGACUCAUUGAAGUUUUCCCUUAAAGUUUAUUUAACAUUUUAUACGGUAACUGGAUUGGUAAAACUACGCAACAAGAAGCAUAGAAACUUGAAAGAAAUUAGAAAACUAUUCAGGGAUGUUUUACAGUCAAGCGUUUUUCUUUCUGCCAAUGGAGUCCUUUUUAUGAGUAGCUUCUGUUUUUUCAGACAUUUAUUUGGGAAAUUCUACGGCUGGCAUGGCCUUCUGUGUGGAUUUGUUGCAGGGUACUUUAGUCUUAUUAUUGAAAGAAAAUCACGACGAGGAGCACUUGCUUUGUAUUUAACCAACUUGUCAGCAGAGAUUAUAUUCCGGGCAGCCAAAUCAAAUGGACUGGUACAUACCAUACCAAAUGGAGAGGUUCUUUUAUUUUCACUUGCAAGCGCUGGCUUCAUGUCAUUGUUCAGACAACGAGAUGGUCUGCCAGAAUCUAUUCAAACCCUCGUACAGUAUUUGGUGGGUAAGGUCGAAGGUCAUGACCCUGUAACCAAUGAGGUCAAAUGUUCAAAGGUCAUACCUGGUCGUAAAACACUUCUUUUCCUCAAAAAAAUGUUUAACAGAACACCAAAGCAUUGGUCAUGUCCUCACCAAUAUGGUUGUCUGGGAUAUAUAAUUCAGGGCUGCCUGCCGAGGUUCGCUGUUGGAUAUGGGGUUGAGAUGGCGUUAAACAUUCUUCAAGUAAUCAGGGGAAGAAAAAAAAUAAAAGAUUUGAUCCGAAUUUCAGGAAAUUUAUCGCUUGCAAUGUUUCUUGGUGGAUUCUCUCUUCUAUUCAGGUUGACCAACUGUAUAUUGAGGUGGUUACACGGAAAAGAUUCUCCUCAACUCUUUGGCGCCAUCAGUGGACUCGUUGCCGGCAGUUCUUUCUAUUUCUAUAAAAGCCCAACCAUAGCAUUAUAUGCUAUGUUUAAACUUCUACACAUCUUGUUACUGAAGUUGGUAGACAAAGGAUAUCUGCCAGAUAUUCCAAACAUAGAACGAUACAUAUACGCCACAAUGCUUGCCAUUAUUUUACACACGGCUUGUGUUGGUCCUCAGUUCAUGAGGCCAGGAUACUGGAGGUUCAUUAGUGGCGUGAGCGGAGAAAAAUUCCCGUUCAUGUUCCGAAAGUUAAUGGUCCCGUUCGCAUCCCAGGCAAUGACAUUAUAUCCGGAUUUCAUCCCAAACUUAAAUCCUCAAUUCGUGAAGACACCAGAAGUCCUCCAGAUACUUGCGGAGCACGGAAAGUUAUCCGGAGCAAAAUUUUAGACUCGUUUUAUAAUUUGACAUUUUUUGUGUGUGUGUCAAUUAUGAAUGAUUGGAGUAAUAGACUGUGCAAUUUAAAUGUACUAUGCAGAACAUCAGGGUAUAUCCUGUUAUUGUGUUUUCCUUUUUGAAUAAUACAUUAAUUUGUCAUCCUUUA